AUGCACUCAUUAGAUGAUAUCAUGCACUCGUUAGAUGAUAUCAUGCACUCAUUAGAUGAUAUCAUGCACUCAUUAGAUGAUAUCAUGCACUCAUUAGAUGAUAUCAUGCACUCAUUAGAUGAUAUCAUGCACUCAUUAGGUGAUAUCAUGCACUCAUUAGAUGAUAUCAUGCACUCACUAGAUAUCAUGCACUCAUUAGAUGAUAUCAUGUACUCAUUAGAUGAUAUCAUGCACUCAUUAGAUGAUAUCAUGCACUCAUUAGAUGAUAUCAAGCACUCAUUAGAUGAUAUCAUGCACUCAUUAGAUAAUAUCAUGCACUCAUUAGAUAAUAUCAUGCACUCAUUAGAUGAUAUCAUGCACUCAUUAGAUGAUAUCAUGCACUCAUUAGAUGAUAUCAUGCACUCAUUAGAUGAUAUCAUGUACUCAUUAGAUGAUAUGCACUCAUUAGAUGAUAUCAUGCACUCAUUAGAUGAUAUCAUGCACUCAUUAGAUGAUAUCAUGCACUCAUUAGAUGAUAUCAUGCACUCAUUAGAUGAUAUCAUGCACUCAUUAGAUGAUAUCAUGCACUCAUUAGAUAAUAUCAUGCACUCAUUAGAUGAUAUCAUGCACUCAUUAGAUGAUAUCAUGCACUCGUUAGAUAUCAUGCACUCAUUAGAUGAUAUCAUGCACUCGUUAGAUGAUAUCAUGCACUCAUUAGGAGAUAUCAUGCACUCAUUAGAUAUCAUGCACUCAUUAGAUAAUAUCAUGCACUCAUUAGAUGAUAUCAUGCACUCGUUAGAUGAUAUCAUGCACUCAUUAGAUGAUAUCAUGCACUCAUUAGAUGAUAUCAUGCACUCAUUAGAUGAUAUCAUGCACUCAUUAGAUGAUAUCAUGCACUCAUUAGAUGAUAUCAUGCACUCAUUAGAUAUCAUGCACUCAUUAGAUGAUAUCAUGCACUCAUUAGAUGAUAUCAUGCACUCAUUAGAUGAUAUCAUGCACUCAUUAGAUGAUAUCAUGCACUCAUUAGAUAUCAUGCACUCAUCAACUGGCCAACGAGGCUUGCAUGAAUAUAGAACUAUGACUGACUUUGGACCAUCUAAUGCAAUUAUUCAAAACACACACAUUACAGUGAUUAGUUUACAUUUACAAGAAUUAACAAGUUCCCAAACACCUGAAAAGCUGCAGUCUUCAAAGUUAUCACAACAGUUGUAA